UUAGUUUUAGAAGGAUGGACUAUAACAUCGAAUCAAUUACAAAGCACGGUUUUUGAGCCCAGUACUGUUGGAGCUACAGGGAGAGAAACAGAGGAAGGGACUACGGGCGAGGACUGGAGGCCGUGGACUCACUUUCCGCCCGGUGGGUAGGGUUUUCAGCGCAGACUGACAUAAAGAGGAGUUUUCCAGAGCGAUGGGGACUUCCCGCUGGGCCUUCCUGGCCGUAGGCUGUCUCCUCACAGGGCCAGGCCUAAUCUUCUGCCAGCUUUCAUUCCCCUCUAUCCUCCCAAAUGAAAACGAAAAGGUUGUGCAGCUGAAUUCAUCCUUUUCUCUGAGAUGCUUUGGGGAGAGUGAAGUGAGCUGGCAGUACCCCAUGUCUGAAGAAGGGAACCCCAGUGUGGAGGUCAGAAUUGAGGAGAACAACAGCGGCCUCUUUGUGAAGGUGCUGGAAGUGGCCAACGCCUCGGCAGCCCACACGGGGCUGUACACCUGCUAUUACAACCACACGCAGACAGAGGAGGGUGAGCCCGAAGGCCGGCACAUUUACAUCUACGUGCCAGACCCAGAUGUAGCCUUUGUACCUCUCGGAAUGACAGACUAUUUAGUCAUCGUGGAGGAUGAUGACUCUGCCAUCAUUCCUUGUCGCACGACUGAUCCUGAGACUCCUGUCACCUUACGUAACAGUGACGGGGUGGUACCUGCUUCCUAUGACAGCAGACAGGGCUUUAACGGGACCUUUACUGUUGGGCCCUAUGUCUGUGAGGCCACUGUCAACGGAAAGACGUUCCAGACCAUCCCAUUUAACGUUUAUGCCUUAAAAGCAACAUCAGAACUGGAUCUAGAAAUGGAAGCUCUCAAAACUGUAUACAAGGCAGGAGAAACAAUCGAGGUCACCUGUGCUGUCUUUAACAACGAGGUGGUUGACCUGAAGUGGACUUACCCUGGAGAAGUGAAAGGGAAAGGUGUCACGAUGCUGGAGGAAAUCAAAAUCCCGUCCAUUAAAUUGGUGUACACGUUGACAGUCCCCAAGGCCACAGUGAAAGACAGUGGCGAUUAUGAAUGUGCCGCUCGCCAGGCUACCAAGGAGGUGAAAAAAAUGAAGAGAGUCACUAUUUCUGUCCAUGAGAAAGGGUUCAUUGAAAUCAAACCCACCUUCAGCCACUUGGAAGCCGUCAACCUGCAUGAAGUGAAACACUUCGUGGUGGACGUGCAGGCCUACCCUCCUCCCAGGAUAUCCUGGCUGAAGGACAACCUGACUCUGAUUGAGAAUCUCACAGAGAUCACCACAGAUGUGGAAAAGAUUCAGGAAAUAAGGUAUCGAAGUAAGCUGAAGCUGAUCCGUGCUAAGGAAGAAGACAGUGGCCAUUAUACCAUUGUGGUUCAAAAUGAGGAUGACCUGAAGAGCUACACGUUCCAACUGUUAACUCAAGUUCCCGCGUCCAUCCUGGACCUGGUUGAUGACCACCACGGCUCCUCAGGGGGGCAGACUGUGAGGUGCAUGGCUGAAGGCACACCCCUUCCUGAGAUCGAGUGGCUGAUUUGCAAGGAUAUUAAGAAGUGUAACAAUGAAACUUCAUGGACAGUCUUGGCCACCAACGUCUCCAACAUGGUCACAGAGCUCCACCCCCAAGACAGGAGCACAGUGGAGGGCCGUGUGACAUUCUCCAAGGUGGAAGAGACUAUUGCAGUUCGAUGCCUGGCCAAGAACCACCUGGGGGCCGAGAACCGAGAGCUGAAGCUGGUGGCGCCCACCUUGCGUUCUGAACUCACGGUGGCGGCCGCGGUUCUGGUGCUGUUGGUGAUUGUGAUCAUCUCACUCAUCGUCCUCGUCGUCAUUUGGAAGCAGAAACCAAGGUAUGAAAUUCGCUGGAGGGUCAUCGAGUCAAUCAGCCCUGAUGGACAUGAAUACAUUUACGUGGACCCGAUGCAGCUGCCUUACGACUCGAGAUGGGAGUUUCCGAGAGAUGGACUCGUGCUGGGUCGUGUCUUGGGAUCUGGAGCAUUUGGGAAAGUGGUGGAGGGAACAGCUUACGGAUUAAGCCGGUCUCAGCCCGUCAUGAAGGUAGCGGUGAAGAUGCUGAAACCCACGGCCAGAUCCAGUGAAAAACAAGCUCUCAUGUCUGAACUGAAAAUAAUGACUCACCUGGGGCCACAUUUAAACAUCGUGAACUUGCUGGGAGCCUGCACCAAGUCAGGCCCCAUUUACAUCAUCACAGAGUACUGCUUCCAUGGGGAUCUGGUCAACUAUUUGCACAAGAACAGGGACAGCUUCCUGAGCCACCACCCAGAGAAGGCCAAGAAGGACCUGGACAUCUUUGGGUUGAGCCCCGCUGAUGAGAGCACACGAAGCUAUGUUAUUUUAUCUUUUGAAAACAAUGGUGACUACAUGGACAUGAAACAAGCCGACACCACACAAUACGUUCCUAUGCUGGAAAGGAAAGAGGUUUCUAAAUAUUCAGACAUCCAGAGGUCACUGUAUGAUCGUCCAGCCUCAUACAAGAAGAAAUCUAUGUUAGACUUAGAAGUGAAAAACCUCCUUUCAGAUGAUAACUCAGAAGGCCUUACUUUGUUGGAUUUGUUGAGCUUCACCUAUCAAGUUGCCCGCGGAAUGGAGUUUUUGGCUUCAAAAAAUUGUGUCCACCGUGACCUGGCUGCUCGGAAUGUCCUCCUGGCACAAGGGAAAAUUGUGAAGAUCUGUGACUUUGGCCUGGCCAGAGACAUCAUGCAUGAUUCAAACUACGUGUCGAAAGGCAGUACCUUUCUGCCCGUGAAGUGGAUGGCUCCAGAGAGCAUCUUCGACAACCUCUACACCACCCUGAGCGAUGUCUGGUCUUACGGCAUUCUACUCUGGGAGAUCUUUUCCCUUGGUGGCACGCCGUACCCUGGCAUGAUGGUGGAUUCUGCAUUCUACAAUAAGAUCAAGAGUGGAUACCGGAUGGCCAAGCCCGACCACGCCACCAGCGAAGUCUAUGAGAUCAUGGUGAAGUGCUGGAACAGUGAGCCGGAGAAGAGACCCUCCUUUUACCACCUGAGUGAGAUUGUGGAGAAUCUGCUUCCUGGACAAUAUAAAAAGAGUUAUGAAAAAAUUCACCUGGACUUCCUGAAGAGUGACCACCCCGCUGUGGCACGCAUGCGUGUGGACUCGGACAACGCAUACAUCGGUGUCACCUACAAAAAUGAGGAGGACAAGCUGAAGGGCUGGGAGGGUGGCCUCGACGAGCAGAGGCUGAGCGCCGACAGUGGCUACAUCAUCCCUCUGCCCGACAUUGACCCUGUCCCAGAGGAGGAAGACCUGGGCAAGAGGAACAGACACAGCUCACAGACCUCUGAAGAGAGUGCCAUUGAGACAGGUUCCAGCAGCUCCACCUUCAUCAAGAGAGCGGACGAGACCAUCGAGGACAUCGACAUGAUGGAUGACAUUGGCAUCGACUCCUCGGACCUGGUGGAGGACAGCUUCCUGUGACUGGCGGAUGCGGGGUGCCUUCCACUCCCUUUCAGAAAACCACUUUAUUGCAAUGCAGAGGUUGAGAGGGGGCUAGGAUGAUGUAUAAAGAGAAGUUCCCAGCCAAGAGCCUCAGGGAGCCUUCGAAAUAUGAAUGAGUGGGAUAUUUUAAGGCGAAUAUCUCAGUGUUGCUUCUUGCAAUGCUGCAGUAGCAUCUCAGCGGUGUGUGAAGUUUGGAGGUCGAUGGACGAGGGAAUAAUAGGCCACGAAAGACGAACUUUGUGUUUCAAGGGCGUUGGUGAAAUUCUGAUAUACACAAUUUGUACUGCAACAAAACUCCAGCAUUGUAAUUAUGUAAAUAACUCUAACCAAGGAUGUGUUUAGAUUUGUAUCUUCUCUGGACUUCUGAAGAGACCACUCAAUCCAUCCAUGUACUUCCCUCUUGAAACCUGGUAUCAGCUGCUGUUGAACUUUCUUAUGAAGUGCAUGAAAAACCACUUUUGAACCCUAAAAGGUACUGGUACUAUAGCAUUUUACUUGUUUUAGUGUUAAAGGGAUAAUUAACCAACCUUGUUUAAUAGAUUUGGGUCAUUUAGAAGCCCAAGAACUCAUUUUCAUAUUAUAAUCCUCAUUUAUAAUAAUACUACUGUUAUCAAUAAUUCUAAAAUGUAUAAUAUGUAACAUGAUUUCCCUACAGAGAAAGCACAAUUAAAAAAAAAAAAAACCCUUACUAAGUAGGUGACAAGUUUGAUAGUUUUUGACAUUUAUGUUAAAUAACAUGUUUCUAUGUAAAAUAUGGUAGUAGCUUUAGUGGAUUUAAUUUAGUUGAACAUAGAAAACAAAGUAAAAGUAGUGUUGCCCAGGAAGUCAGAGUUUUUAAUUGUGUGCUGAGUAGGUUCCCCAAUUCAUUGUACUAAAAACAAUUAACUGUCCUCUGAAAUUAUGGGUGGGAUUAGAAACAACAAACAAACCCCGUAUGUCCUAAAUGUUCUCAAUAUCCACAUGUACACCUGUGUAGCACGUGACUUCUCAUUUGAUUACCCAGUGGAGAAUGUCACUGCUGCGUGGCUGGUGACAAUGUUGGUGGAUGCCAGCAUACGUAUAUGUUAAAUUUGUGCACCUGAAAAGGGUCCUGAGGAUGCUUGGACAUCAAGCUCCUUCUUUUGUCUCUUAGCCCAAAGAGAAAAAGUUCGAAACCCUGAGACUAUAGUUUGGUGGAGUCUGUAAACAAACAUCCUUCGUUUGCUUCCUUGGUUCUCAAAUGUAACUGGCAACCAGAAAGAAUCAUCAGUUCCUGGGUUCCCAUCCCUGAGAUUCUGAGGUAUUAAGUCUUGGGGAAGCAGGAACCUGUAUUUUUAUAAAAUCCUUGGCUGUUCUAAUCAGCCAGUUUUUAGAAACGUUGUCUUAGGUUACAGGAAGUUGCCAUGGCAAACAAAUAAUUUGGAAUUUGGAACUAGGCUGGAAGGCGACUGUUGAAUCCUUGGCUUCAGGUUAGUGGUAUUUAAUGCCACAUAUCUAGCAAUUGCCACCCGUAAUUUAAAUUUCCAGUCUUCGCUGUGGCUGAGAAAGCAAAAGUUUGGUUUUGGCAGGUCUUCCAAAAGUAAAGAUGCUGCUUCCCACUGCACGGGUGGGGGACUAAACGUGACAGCCACCCCCCACUCCCUGCCAAGGGAGGGCAUCUACAGAAAUGAUGCAGUUCCCUGCGCCGAGUCUCUGUGUAACCAGGUGAAUAUUGUGAUGAAAAGAUGAAAAAGUUUUACUGAUAUUUUGAGUUUAUAUGGGAGGGUGAAUUAUCGCCUCCAUCCAGACUGUCGAGCUGGUUGGCUGGGUUCAUUCAUCGGCAUUCUUCGCAAUACUGCUUAGUUGCUGACACCCUAUGAAAGAAACAUGGGCUGCGAUUACUGCAAUCACCGUGCAUGCGGGUGGCAGGUGAUGCUUUGGAAGAUGUAGAAGCAAUAACAGAGGACUUCACUGCCUACCAGUGUGAUCGCAGUGCAAACCCCAAUUUUUGUUUUUUUGUUUUUUUUGUUUUUAGAGACAGAGUUUCACUUUAUUGCCCUCAGUAGAGUGCCGUGGCCUCACACAGCUCACAGCAACCUCCAACUCCUGGGCUUAAGUGAUUCUCUUGCCUCAGCCUCCCGAGUAGCUGGGACUACAGGCGCCCGCCACAAUGCCCGGCUAUUUUUUUUUUUGGUUGCAGUUCAGCCGGGGCCAGGUUUGAACCCACCACCCUCGGUAUAUGGGGCCAGCGCCCUACCGACUGAGCCAUAGGCACUGCCCAAACCCCAACUUUCUUAUUCACCGUUUCAUAGUAAGUGUGAAGACUGAGCCAGAUUGGCCAAUUAAGAAUGAAAACCCAACCAGGUUCUGUACAGUCGAUUAGACUUGAAAUAUAUAUUUUUUUCUGGAAUCGCAGCUCAAGUGUUCUGUGCGUCACUCACUGUCCCUGUACAGCCUAUUUCAUGGCUGCUUUGCAUUUUGAAGUCACGUGGAGCCUUGCAUUGAUGAAACGUCUCAGACUAUCAGUUUCCAGGCCUCACGAAUGCUCGCCCCCGAGUUUGUACAUGACUGCAUUUUUAAGAAAGGGUUUUCAGCACAUGCCCGAUUUGUUUCCUUUUUGGCCUUCUGUAAAGUCCCCUGAAGACAAUUUUCCCAUCCUUCAUGCUCUCCAUUUUUAUGAUGACAAUCAAAGCUGGCCUGAGAAACACAAUUUGUGACUUUUUAAAUGAUCAAUGGUGUCCUUAAAAUGUGGUCUGCCAAUCUGUACAAAAUGGUCCUAAUUUCGUGAAGAGGGACGUGAGAUAAAAUGAUGUUAUACAUCGAUAUGUACAUAUGUAUUUCUAUAUAGACUUGGAGAAUACUGCCAAAACAUAUGACAAGCUGUAUCACUGCCUUUGUUUAUAUUUUUUUAACUGUGAUAUUCCCCACUGGCACAUUAACUGUUGCACUUUUGAAUGUCCAAAAUUUAUAUUUUAGAAAUAAUAAAGAGAAAAAUACUUAAUGUGUUCCCAAAACAAUGAUGUGGAGAAUGUGUGAGAAGGACUAACUUGGUGGACAGUCUGCUGACCCAAGAUGUGUUACACGUGCCCUGUUCAUGGUUUCGUUUUAAAACGUACAAAGGAAGAUCUUUGAAUUUCAAUAAAUUAUGUGUAUACAUAUAUGUAAUUUAAAGUUA